AUGGAGUCUCUUAUCAAGGUAGGCGUUCGAGCCGACUAUGUACAUGCGCUCUUCGGCAGCGCAGCACGUGUGGCUAUUUCGCUGGGCCACUCUCACAUCGUGCAAGGCCUAGUCCGUUGCGGCCAUGAUGCGAACGCGCAGAUAUGUUUGACUGGGACCAGGAAUAUGCUCCUCUACGCGGGUGAACUAGGCCGGAGGGACAUUAUGGAAUUCCUCCUCGCCUUGCCAGACAUCCAAACAGGCACGGAGCAUGAAGCGACCGAAAAGACUGCUCUGUUCUGGGCGGCUGAACGAGGCUGGACCGAAGCGGUCAGACUUCUGCUGUCGAACCUUGGCACUGAGCCCGGCCCGGCCGAUCUUGAAGCCGCCGUCAGGGAGGGACAUGAGGAUAUUGUGAGGCUGCUUGUCGCGAGAGACGACUUUUGUCCCAACUUCGGCGUGAGGAGGAGCUGCUCUUUAUGGCUAGCUGUCAAGCAUGACAGAGACUGGGCUGUGAGGCUGUUCCUGGACCGAUACGCUGUGGACCCCAACAUAUUGAUUAACGAUCGGAAGACAAUGCUAGUUUUGGCAGCCCAGCUUGGUCACAUAUCUAUUGUCCGGGCUCUCCUGGAGCGAGACGACGUCGACCCCAAUUACCAAGCCCUGGGAUACAAAAAAGCCGCCCUACACUAUGCUGCCGCUGGAGAUAAGGCCAAUGUGGUUGAAGUUCUGCUCGAGAGCCCAAGUUUAGAUGUCAAGGCUACUUAUGACGGUAUGUUUGCAUUGGAGAUUGCCGUUUACAAGCACCACGUUAGAUGUGCGAGACUCAUCCUCGAACGCAUGGAUAAAGCAGACAAACAUUUGGAAGGAGCUCUUAUGCUUGCCGUCCGCCGUGGUAGCAUUGAUCUAGUCCGAUUGUUCCUCGCGGAUGCCCAGAUACGAAGCUGUUUGUCAUAUGCGUUCAGCCUGGCUUUAUGCCAAGCGGCGCUCGAAGGCGCCACCGACAUGGUUAGGGAGUUGGUCAAAUACGACGAGAUAGACCCGAACCGCACCUAUUCCACGUGCUUUUCUCGCGAGGACACGGCACUCUUCGCCGCCGUUCGGAGAGGGCAUGUCGAUGCUGCACGGCUCGUCUUGAGCCACCCAAGACUGGACAUCAACCACACAAGGUUCGACGGGACGGUCUUGGGACUGCUCGCUGACCGAGGAGACCAAAGGCUGCUGAAGGAUGUGCUUCACAACCCCAAUAUCGAUGUCAAUAUUCAUGCCCAGGGUUAUCAAGACAACAUUAUUGUUUACAGACAGGAUUCAGACGAUCCGCACAGGAAGUUUAUUGGUGACUUUGACAUGAGAUUCACAUGGGACGAUACUCCCUUGCUGAGGGCGGCCAGAAAGGGUUUCUUCAUGUCCGUGCGAAUCCUUCUCGAGGACCCUCGCACCGAUGUAUGCGCAACAAGUAGUGAACAACGAACCGCACUUUGGUGGGCUGUGCACUGGAACAGGGAGAGCAUGGUGAGACGCUUACUCGAGGCCGACAGCAAGGCCGUGAAUAUGCGAGACGUGGAGGGCUGGACCCCGUUGCAUCUGGCCGUGAACUUAUCAAGAUCAGAGAGUAUGCUAAGAUUGCUUUUGAAGCAACAAAAUGUUGAUCCAAACAUCGCCACCGAAGCUGGCUGGACGGCACUCCAUCUGGCCAUGCUUUGCUGUGACACCAGGGCGGUUGAAGCUCUACUCGACCACGCUGAGAUCGACACCUCUGUACGCCUUGGAGAUGGGAGAACGCCGUCCGAGGUCCAUGCCCCUGGUGAUUGCGAUUGCAAGUCGCUAGUUCAAUCUCGAAAUGCUGUAAGGUAA